CGUCCUUACAGUGUACUCCGGAUAAAACCCUACUGUCUCCCACCCGCUUCACGAACCAAUAGUUGCUUAGAAUUAUGUCUUCCUCCUGGAUACCUACCUAGAUACAUAGGUACCCAUCCAAGGUCGGUUUAACAGCUUCGACCAUGUGAAAUGCCUGUAUCUGUCCAUCUAGAUGCCUAGGUAGGUAGGUAUAAGUAAGUCGUCCACUUGAUAAUCAAUGGCGAACAGCAAGCGGCUACGCUCACCAUCUACAUAUCUAGUAUGAUAUGGUAAUCUUGCAAUACACGAUCUAAAGCAAUACACCGGUAGCCUCGUCGCCAUGGAUUGCGCUGGUAAUGUAUCCAGUCUCUUGUAUUUUGCUGUCGAGUUCUUCGACGGUAUCCAAAUUGCUCGGGGUUUCAGAGACCAAUUCGAAACGUAUCAACUCAAACUCGAUAUCAUGCAACUGCGCCUUUCUCGCUGGGGUGAGGCGGCUGGAGUCAUAACAUCCGAUAGCAAUGGGGAAGACCUACAACUAAGCGAUAGUAACCAAGCCCAUCUAGAGUUAUUGAAGAAAGCGACUGGAAUCCUCGAAACUAUACAAAGCACCCUCCAUAAGGCUAAACAAAAUGCCGAGAGUAUCCGAUCUUCCCUGCCCAGAAAUGAAGACGAAAGGUUCGACCCCGAAUCGGAGAUGCCAGAUGAGUCGAAGAAAAUUCGGUCAAGAUUUCGAGAGUGCCUGCGUAAACGAAGGGCUCAACUCAGGGGGGGCCAUCGAGGCUCUUAAGUGGGUCUUCUAUAAAAAAGAUAAUUUCUAUGAAUUCAUUCGGGACAUGUCCGAACUUGUUAAAGGACUUGAAAGCCUCUUCCCGGAAGAGAAUAGAGAAAAGCUUCUCGAACUCAGCCGGGAGGAAUGCAAGGGGGUCAGUAGGCCCAACUUAUUAGAACUAGCAAAGGUUGUAAGGGGCUGUGAUCCUUGGCUGGAAGCCGCGGUGGAUGAAAUGCUUCAAAGCUCAUAUUCCGCCGGCUCCCCUAUAAACAUGUCAUACAUCUAUGGCUUGGCGGCAGGAAUCCACAACGGAGAUAUCAAGGGGUUCAGCACCGGGAGCCACCACACAGUCAACAAUAAAUGGUGAUUCGCCUGCCUUACUAUGCAGGGGUUCGCGGCUUAGGUUUUCGUCCAGGAGUAAGUACGAAUACUUUUCGUUACUUUUAUAUUUAGUCGAAUGCAUUGUAGCUUUGUAGACCAAGAAAUCUUGUUAUA